UGGAAGUGCUAUUCAAGGGCUUGAUGAGGUUCACAGAUUACACCAACAUCUCCGCUCCACCAAGAGAUGGAAUCAACACAGAUACAACGCUGCAUUACACUCUACAACAUUCAAGAAAACACCAAAAACAGAUAGAUCCUCCUGGAAACAUAUCCCCUAAUUAAGAAAACAAUCAAAAAAAAAUUUUUACCCAUCAAUCAGAUUUUAUCUGAAAAACAAAUUAAACAAAUUUCAUUUCAUGGCACAGUUGCAACCCGAGAGAGAAAAUGUUACUGCUAGUAAUGCUCAUCAAGACAACAAGUCCAAGGAUAUUAUGAUUAUUGGAGCGGUAAAUGGUGAAGCCAAGCACAAGUGGGGGUCGGGUACAAGUAGCAGUACAAACAGUGGUGCUGCUAAUGCUAAUAAUAAUUUCAAACUCAAUGUCCAGGCCCCUGAAUUCGUGCCCAGAUCGGUUGCUCAGAUGCCGGUUUCCGGUUACUUUUAUCCCUACUUUCAGUACCAGGAUUGGAUUUAUGUUGGCGAUCAGGACCCAACGCCAUUUUACAACAAUCAGAAUCUUUCGCCUCCUCAAACUCAGCAGAAAAACUCCCUCCCUGAUGAAGUCAAACAAAAGAUCAUCAAACAGGUGGAAUACCAGCUAAGUGACAUGAGCCUGCUGGCAAAUGAGAAUCUGGCGAAACAAAUGAGCAAGGAUCCUGAAGGUUAUGUUCCUAUAAGUGCUGUUGCAUCAACAAAGAAAAUCAAGUCGCUUCUGAGUAGCAAUAGUACCCAAGUUCUUGCUCAAGCUCUGCAAUCCUCAACAAAGCUGAUCGUGAGCAGCGAUGGCAAGAAGGUUAAGCGAAAACAGCCCUUCACUGAGAAGGACAAAGAGGAGUUGCAGUCUCGCACGGUGGUGGCUGAGAAUUUACCAGAUGAUCACUCCCAUCAUAACAUUGAGAAGAUAUUCAAUGUGGUUGGAAGUGUGAAAACCAUCAGAAUAUGCCAUCCCCAGGACCCCAAUUCGUCCCGUUCCAAAGGAGAAUAUUUCAUCAGCAAUAAGCUGCACGCCCUGAUAGAGUUCGAGAGCCCUGAAAUAGCAGACAAAGCUGUUGAGAAGUUGAAUGAUGAAAGGAACUGGAGAAAAGGGCUGCGCGUAAAGCUGUUGCUUAGGCGCUCGCCAAGAUCUGUGUUGAAAGGCAGAAAAUCAGAGUUUGAGGGCUGCCUGGAAGAGGAUGAUCAGGCGCCACCCCUUGAAUCUGCACCAGAAGAUUCCGUUACCUCUCCACUUCAUCAUCAAUCAGAAUCAACUGAAACUAACAACGUGGAGGAGAGCUCAGGCGGCGGCGCUGCAAAGAAAGGGUGGGGAAAAGGGCGAGGGAAAACCAGGCUGCGCACUCAGAUUCACGGCGGCCGCGGCCUCCUGGCGUCGUCUCCGCAGUGUAGCAGCUCCUCCUCUUCCGGCGGGCAAUGCGAAUCGCCGAUGAAACAGGCGAGCAAGGGACCGAGAAUGCCAGAUGGAACCAGAGGCUUCACCAUGGGAAGGGGAAAGCCACUCAACACCACCGCUGCUCCUCCAUCCAGUGUGCCAUGCAUUUGAGUUAUGGCUAGUUUGGAUACAUUAUUCUUUUGUUUUCUUCUUUUGAGUAGUCAUUAAUUAAUUAAGUAAUUAAUU